AUGAACUGCGUUGGCUACGUGAAUGCGCGCUCCGCGAUAGCCACCAAACUGGCUCGGCGACUUGCCGUGGCAUGCAAGCAAGACGCAACCCUUCCGGGCAAGGCGAGACCCCUACGCGUUAUCGAUCUCUGUACCGGCACAGGGUGUAUCGCACUUCUUCUCCACGCACUUUUGGCGCCGCAUUUUGAACAACUGUCGGUUCGGGGGCUGGAUAUCAGUCCCACUGCUUUAGAACUGGCGCAGAAGAAUCUCGCAUAUAAUCUUCAACGGGGUUUAUUAACCCGUCGGGCAUCCACGGAUGUCCACUUUAGUCUCGCCGAUGUCCUCGGGCAAGGCGAUGCCUCGGUCCCAGUGGUCGAAGAGGUACUGCGUAACUGCCUUUCUCGACCUAAUAUGUUUGAGGACCCAUCUCCAGACCUUGGCUGUGAUGUACUGAUCUCGAAUCCUCCAUAUAUUUCUCCAUCUGCUUUUCGCGACGGCACUACCGCGCGCAGUGUUCGGCGCUUUGAACCCAAAUUGGCUCUAGUGCCUCCUUUGGUUGAUAGCGUUGAUAGCGAAGGACUGGCCGGUGGCAGGCCUGAGGACAUCUUCUAUCACCGCCUCAUCACUCUGUCUUUUCGCCUACGGGCCAAGGUCACUGUGCUCGAGUGUGGCGAUAUUGCGCAGGCAAAUCGAGUGGUUGCCAUGCACCAAGCGAUUGCUUCCGGACAAGCAGAUGCCUCCAGCGCCGAGGUGUGGCCGAUCACAGAGCAAGAGUUAUUGGCUAAUGGAUUUCACCCGCAUGAUGGCUCUCGAUGUGUUGUCAUCCAAAGACAAAGCCACGAACGAUAA